AUCUAUAUUAAUGUAGAAUUUUACCGUUUACUAUGAAGUGAUUUUUGUGAUCCCUUAAAUGUCAUAACUUGAUUUAAUGUGGCCACUCAUCUACAUUAUAUUUGGAGGUGAAUCAUUCAUUUUAUUGAGUAAUUAAGUUAACUCUGUUUUGUGUGUUGAUUUUUUUAAAUUCUUUACAUCUAAUGACAUUAUAAUCCCCGCCCACCAGCUUUUGUCCUGCCUUCCCUGUUUAACUUCAGGCCCCCUCCUCCCUCCUCCGUGCUUCAGUCUGAACUCUGGAGUCUCAGUGUGACAGAAGACAUUUGACCUAAGAGACACCACUCUGGGAAUGGGAUCACAAACCAGGAGCAGGACAAACUUUUCCUUCCUUUGCCUUUCUUUACCCAGAAGACAUCUCUUCAUCCAGAGGCGAUAGACACAGAAAACCAAAGAAGAAGAAAACCACACAUGGGAUAGAGCAGGAGAAAAAUGUUUUUUUAAUUGUGUUUUCUUUGAUCUGCUUCAGAGUGAUGUGCUGGGAUCCUGUAAACUAGUCCACACAGGUUGGACAUCUCAGAAUAAAGCAGCGGAAGUCUUUUGUGUGAAAAGCAGUGAUUUCCAAAGGUGUGUCUCUGGGGUCCUGGUGGUGCAUGGCGCUGAAAGGUGGAGGAAAAAAAGACACAACACAGUUCUGCUGCUUUCCAUCUGAGGUGCAAUGGCAAAGUGGUUCAAGGAGUUCCCUAUCAUCAAUCUGAAGAAUGGUACUGACAGGAUCCGCUCAGCCUCAGAGUCAGGAUCUCAGCCCAGGGCUGCUAAUAAAGGCAGCCUGCUGGUGGCCAGCAUUGGCACCAAAUCCACAGGAUCCAAAACCAGCAAUCGUAAGAAUUCUUCCACGGACGGAACAGUUGGAGGAGUCGGGUCACUGCUGUCAGGACGGAACCGAAAGAACUCGGCCGCAGAGGGGAGCAAGAGCGGUGGAGCUUCCCCCAAGGAUGGGAAAGUUUGGGACAAUCUUCUCUCCGGGAAGAGUAGAAAGAACUCCAAGGUGGAUCCACCGGUGUUUGAAGAACAACCCAGGACGGUGAAGAACUCCCCACCUGCCAGUGCCUACAUCAACAGGCUGAUCAGACUGGACAAACAGGACAAGAACUUCAACAGUGGUACCAUCAGCAACACAGCGAUACCUGAAGCAGAGAAACCUGCGGCCCAGUGCAAAACAGAAACACAGCUGAUCAUUCUGGAGGACUACGCUGAUCCAUUUGACGCUCAGAAGACCAGAGAGCAGAGGGAGGCAGAGAGGGUCGGUGAGAACGACGGCUACAUGGAGCCUUACGACGCCCAGCAGAUGAUAACAGAAAUCAGACGCCGCGGCUCCAAAGACUUGCUGAGGGUCAGCGUGUUGACAGAGGGCAGUGAAGUGACGGAGGAAGUCCCGCCUUCUCCGUUACAGAUCUAUGACGUCCCGUACGAGGGCAGCGGAGACGCUGACAAGACAACGGUCACACGUCCAGAGCUUGACCCUCGUCCGUCCAUGGAGUACGAGCUGCCGUGGGAGUGGAAGAAGGAGCUCAUCGUCAGAACUCUGUCUGCACAGUUCGACUGCCCUGAACGCCCGACCAAAGAUGAGAUGCCCUACUUGACUCUCACCCGGCAGCCUCAGCAUCCGCCAACGCAGCAACAGCAACAGCAGCAGCAGCAGCAGCAGCAGCAGCACCAGCAUCAGAGACAGAAAAGCUGGACCCAGAAGAUCCUGAGAUCCUCUCUCCCAUCCCUGUCCCUGUCCUCGUCCACAGGGGGCAGCACCGACUCGGACCCCUGCUGUGUGGACCCGUCCCUGCCUCUGGAGAAACAGAGUUGGUACCACGGCUGUGUGACGCGUCAGGAGGCAGAGUUCCAGCUGCAGUCCUGCAAAGAAGCCAGCUUCCUGGUCCGAAACAGUGAAUCCGACCACAGCAAGUACUCUAUCGCCCUCAAGACCAGUCAAGGCUGCGUUCACAUCAUCGUGGCUCAGACCAAAGAAAACGGCUACACCCUGGACCAGAGCAGCUGCGUGUUCCCCAGCAUCCCAGAGGUGGUGCACCAUUACUGCACUCAGCGUCUGCCUUUCAACGGCGCUGAGCACAUGACGCUGCUGCACCCAGUGUCUCGCAUCCACUGACCUCACCCCACCCCACCUCACCCCAGCCCUGCUCUCAUUAGAUAUACAAAACAAACACACCUUUGGGCCUACUCCAGAAGACUCCAGAAUAACCAGCCGCCUCCUCGCACCUCACACAACUGAACCCUGUCUUUUAUUUCUUAUACUCCCUAUGUUUGAAAAAUCU